AUGGAUACAGAUGAAAUUUGUAUGAAAAUGUCUGAUAUGCAACAAAUUAUUGCUCUAUCUGCAGCCAGCAUUGUAAACAAAAUUCAGCAGUUUCAUAGCAUGUUUGUGUCACAAGCAGAAAAUCAUAUGUUGAACAACUACUUAAAAUGA